UGAUCUGUCUAUCCAGUGGAAUCAGCUCUCCAGACACUACUCCACAGACCACAGCAGUUCUCUAGGUAGCAUGGAGAGCCUGGAGCCUCCUAGCAGCCAAGUGUACGACGAUUCCCAGAAUUCACCAGUGGACCCUGCCAUCUUCAACAACAAGAGGGACUACAAUUCCCCUGUUGACCCCGGCAUCUUCAACAACAAGAGAGACUACAAUUCCCAGAAUUCCAUAGUGGACCCUGCCAUCUUCAACAACAAGAGAGACUACGAUUCUCAGAAUUCCCCAGUGGACCCUGCCAUCUUCAACAACAAGGGAGACUACGAUUCCCAGAAUUCCCCUGUCGACCCUGUCAUCUUCAACAACAAGAGAGACUACGAUUCCCAGAAUUCCCCUGUCGACCCUGUCAUCUUCAACAACAAGAGAGACUCUGCCUAUAGUUCUUUUUCAGCUAGUUCUAAUACGUCUGACUAUACUGUCUCACUGAGGCCUGGUGAAGCCUGUUCCAUGGAGAAUAUCCUCCAGAGCCUGGGGCCAGGGGGUCCCACCAGCCGGGGGUAUGCCUGCGGCGAUGCACCGUCCCUGGGGAGGGAGUCAGGCGAGCCCCAAGAUGAGACCAGGACCUCUGCCUUACUAAAGUCUGGGUCGCUGACCAGAACGAGAGUGAGGCGGCCAGAAGCGAAGGAGAGACCAUCUUCAUACUGUUAUGAGGAUGAGAGGAGGAAGGGAGAAGGGGAGGUGGGUGGAGGAGAAGGGGAAAGGGAGGUUUCGAGUCCCCCCCAGCCACCGACCAGGAAGGACAGUUUCAGGGCCACCCGGGGUUGCUCCGGGGUCACAGAUGUCAAAGUACAACGAUGCAUCCCUGACCCCGUCGGAAUUCCCAGCCUCUCCCAUUGCCAUGCCGAAGACGAUGACGACGAUCUUCUGAACAUUCCGGGCGUUCCGAGCAGCAACGGCUAUCCUACUACUAGUGAGACGUCAAAGACUGAGGGAAACAGAAAUGGAAACAGGGUUGGGAAUUUCAAAGGUGAUUCCUUAGAACAGUACUACACCCUCAUCUCCAAGAAAAAAGGUUCCCGUAAGUACAGAAACUCAGAGAUCCAGAAUAGCCACCCAGACCCCCUUUCCCCCCUCCUCCCUGCUCCAGAGAUAUGCUCCCCUUCUCCCAUCUCAAGRCCCGGCCCUCCUGACACCUCCAUAGAUCCAGAACCCUUAGGGGAGCCCAGCCACCUCCUCCCCCAGAACCAGCACUCCUCAUUAGGUCUCUACAGACACAGCGCCCCUGAGAAACUCUUGUCCCAGCUACAUCUCCUAGAGUUCUCCAGCGACACCUUGGACCCUUCAGACCGUAGCUCCGUCUCCCCCUCCAGCUCCCAGUGGUCUCACUCCCCCUUUCACCCCACCAGAGAGAACCUAUCUGGGGAUCUAGGGAGUAACAACGCCCCUCUCCAACUGCAGCAGAACCAGGGGCAGUGGGGAGGGGGUGCUGGAGGGAGAGGGAGUCGCUGCUCUUCCCCAGGAUCGGUGGACAUCGAUGGGGUUAGAGAGGCAAGGGAGAUGGGAUUGGUGGUGGGGGGGGCUGCUGUUACUCUCCUCUCUCCCAUCCAGCUCCAACACCCCUGGGGUAGGUCAUUGAGUGUACCAGGGUCAGAGAAGCCUUCUGGAGGCUGUAACCAGGGAGGAGUGAGCUCCGAGCGGGUACGGAAGACAGACUUUGGGCUUCUCAGUGCUGCAGCAAGUGUGGAUAGCCUACUUGAGGAGAAUCUGAGAGGAGGAGGAGGAGAAGAAAGAAGAGGAGAAAGAGAGGGUGAUGAUGAUGGAGAGGUGCUGAUGAAGAAACCCAGGAGUCACCGUUCGUCCCGGUCACGUCGCCGCAGCGAACGCUUCGCCACGAACCUCCGAAAUGAGAUCCAGCGCAAGAAAGCUCAGCUGUCGAAGAGCAAAGGCCCAGGAGGGCUGCUCUACGGCGGGGAGACGGUCGAGGAAGAAGAGGGUCCUGACCUGGAGGACCUCCAGAGGGAAGAGGCUGACGACCUCAAGGAAAGGUGGUCCCAGGAAAGGUGCUCCCAAGGCAGGUACACCUCGUCUGAUGCCAGCCGAUCAGCUCCAGCCCCUGGAAGUCUACUUACCUCUACUUCCACACCCCAGCUCCACCAGCUGUCCCCAACCCCAGUUUCAGCUCUGCAACCCCCCAGGGAUGAAGAUCCUGAACCACCAGAGGACCAAGACCAAGCGUCAGACCCAUCCAGAACCACCCAGAGGUUGGAUCCAGCCAUGCCCAGCUGCGAUGUGGGAAUCCAGGGGGUGGAGGAGCAAGCUCCAGCUGGUAUGGCUCGCCGACGGAGGUGUACGCCCGAACACAAUCUCCAACUGGAAAUGGACACCGACCGUCAGGGCGAGAGGGUUAGAGGGGCCCUGGGGGUAUCAGGACGAGAAAGAGCAGCCUCCACCUCCUCUUCUUCUUCCACCACCACUCGUUGUUCUCGUACGGAGGAGUGCGAUAUUCUUCCUUUCGCGGAUCGUUGUAAGUUCUUUGAGGAGACCAGUAGGAGUAUGUCGGUGUCGAAUCUGCCAGGCCUGACGAGUCGAAGACAGAGGCCAGAUAGACACGGGAGGCAUCCUCAUCCAUCCACGCUGGAGAACCAGGGAGGGGGCUACAGACAGGGACAAGCCCAGCGGAGGUACUCGUACCAGGGGGGAAUCCAGAAGGAAAGUCUCCUAUCGAUUACAACCAUGGAGGCCCAGAGACAAUUGGUUUGCAGCAACAGGGAUAGAGAAAAGGAGAGGGAGAGAGCGAAGGAGGGGGAGAGAGUGAAGGAGAGGGAGAGAGAGAAGGAGCCCCAGGCAUACCAGAAGAACCAGACCCACUCCUGCGCCCAUCCCCAAGCCCAGAUCGAGGCCCCUCAUUCAGCCUUCCACCCUGUCAACACCCCUCUUCUCCAGGACAACCAGGCUCCACAUCAGGGGUACCUACCAUAUGGCUACACACCAACAGAGGAGUAUCCUGCGCCAUCCCAGCCAUUACCGCGGGAACAAACACAAAUCAACAGGAAGUUCAGCCUGACCGAGAGGGACUACCCGCGGUACAGACGUGAUCCCUGCACCAGGCCACCAGAUUGCGCUAUAACAGUUACACCACACCAAUACCACCACCACCACCUGGGUCGGAGCGGCAGGCUGUCUGCCUGUAGUGUGGAUGACCCCACAUCUUCAUCAUCGUCUUCAUCACUACGAAGCAGGGCCAUGUCGGAGAAUGAUCUACGCUUCGACUCCACAUACCACCGUGCUUCCCCCUCGGUUGCUACAGCGACACCGCUUUCAGAGCUGAAGGAGGGAGGCGGGGUUGGUGGAGUGGGAAGUGCUAGGGGAGUGGCUACCAGGAAGAAAACCCCACCCCCUCCCAGGCCGCCUCCCCCCAAAUGGGAGGAGUUCCACCGAAGGAGAGCGUCCCACCACACCCUCUUCGCCUCUUCUCUCUCCUCCACCUCUUCUUCAUCAGUCCAUCCUCUCCCURUCAGUCCACCAGAGGGUCUACCCUCUCACUCUCCUCACACCUCCUGUCCCACAGAAACGUCCAAAAUGACGCAUCAGCGCUCCUACAGCCUCCCCCCUCAGAGGGAGGAGCUAGAGGGGUGCCAGCGCUGUAGCCUGAGCCAGCUCCAGGAAAGCCCCUUUUCACAAGCCACGCCCAGUCCUGGGUUCACACGCAGGACCUUCCGGCCGGUGGCUCCACAACAUAGAGAGAGAGACACACCCACUCGUUACGACAACUCACUGCCCCCUCUACCACCAUCAGACAACCAAACCAGACAGCAGAGGGCCGGGGCUGAGUGGGAGAGAACUCCAUCUCCCAGGGUGCAUAGCGUCUCAGCCCUCCCCACCAUAGAGAACGGUGCUAUCUCUCUUGAGUCCUACUUUGCUAUGAGCUACGAGCAGCAGCAACAGCUACAGAACAGUAGAAGAUUCCGGAAUCAUCCCCACAACAACAAUAACAACAAACCAGAAUUGGAACCCGAAUUGGAACUGGAACCAGGUUUUAGCCCGAGCUCCGCCCAGAGCUCCGCCCAGAGCUUGGAACAGGAAGUGGACAUCCCCAUGGAAACAGACAUUGACGACUUCCAGGAGGAGGGGCUUCCUGAGGAUGAAGAGCCAAUCAGGACAGAGCUCCAGUGUUUUGCUCUGCCCGUCACGGUUCUGGAGACAGACAUCGAUACGCUGCCUGACCAGGAGGCCUCGCCAGCGGGUAGAAAGACUGCAGAGAGUGGGUCCCUGGAUGGGGAGAUGGAGGACCAGGGGAUGGGGACCAGAGAGGGACUCAUGGAGGAGCUAUUUCCCCAGAGCGGUGAGGGCAAGAAACAGUUGAUGGAGAGUCUCCGUAAGAAGCUAGGAGUUCUGAGAGAAGCACAGAGAGGUCUACAGGAAGAUAUACGGGCUAACACAGAGCUGGGAGAAGAGGUUGAGAGCCUGGUGCUAGUGGUCUGUAAACCCAACGAGGUGGAUAAGUUCAGGAUGUUUAUCGGAGACCUGGAUAAGGUGGUCAGUCUGCUACUGUCUCUCUCUGGUCGGCUACUGAGGGUGGAGAGCUCCCUGGCCAACCUGGACGCUGAGACUGGACACCACGAGAGGAACAGCACCGUGACUGACAGCCACUACGUGAAGAUGAAGGCAGCAAUUACUGGUGAGCAGAGACAGCUGGAGGAGAAGAUCAGACUGGGAGAGGAGCAGUUAAGGGGGCUGAGGAGAGGUCUGGGGUUAGGGUUGGGUAGGGCUGUCCAUGGGCUGAUGGACACUAUUUAAACCAACCAGGAAACCUUAAAGCUGGAGUUAGGGCUGUCCAUGGGCUAUGACACUAUUAAACCAACCAGGAAAACCUUAAAGCUGGGGUUACGGCGUGUCUAUGGGCUAUGGCACUAUUAAACCAACCAGCAAACCUUAAA